AUGUACAACUUGGUUGAGAAAUACAUGAUACACGGCCCGUGCGGUCAUGCGAAUUUGAAUUCACCUUGCAUGAAGGAUGGCGUUUGCACGAAGAGGUUUCCAAAAAAGUUUGUACAACGAACCGAGGCCGACCCUGAUGGUUACCCGGUAUAUAGGAGGAGGGAUGAUGGAAGAACGGUUAGGAAGAAGAAUACUAUUCUUGAUAAUGGAUUUGUGGUUCCCUACAACCGUGUGUUAUUGAGUAAAUACCGAGCCCACAUCAAUAUCGAGUUGUGCAACCAGAGCAAGUCAAUAAAGUAUUUGUUUAAGUACGUCAACAAGGGACACGAUCGUGUCACGGCAACACUUUUCCAACCUCCAUCUACGGACGCCGGUCCUGCUGUUCGUGAUGAAAUCAAAAUGUAUUAUGACUGCAGAUAUUUGUCUGCGUGCGAGGCAAUAUGGAGGAUAUUUGCAUUUAAGAUACAUUACCGAGAUCCACCCGUCAUUAGAUUGAGCUUCCAUCUCCCCGGCAAUCAACCGGUUGUAUUCAAUGAGAACCAAUCAUUAAAGAGUGUCUUGGAAAGGCCAACCGCGAGGCAAACCAUGUUUUUGGCGUGGUUCGAGGCGAACAAGACCUACCCACCAGUUAGGGAGUUACGGUACGCAGAGUUUCCCCAACAUUAUGUGUACAAGGAUGAUUCUCGAGUGUGGGUGCCAAGAAAGAAGAGGUUUGCCAUUGGAAGAGUCACCAAUGUGCCCCCGACAAAGGGAGAAGACUUUUAUCUUAGAUUGUUGCUCAACGUCCAAAGAGGGUGCAAAAGUUACGAAGACAUCAGAACGGUAGGUGGCAAUGUUUAUGCGACGUUUAGGGAUGCGUGCUAUAUUUUGGGGCUGUUAGAAGAUGACAAGGAGUACAUUGGUGCAAUUAGAGAGGCAUACGGUUGGGCAAACGGACACUUCCUCAGACUGCUUUUCGCUGUUAUGCUGCUUUCUAAUAGUUUGAGCAGACCGGAACAUGUUUGGGAGAAAUGUUGGUCCAAUUUGUCUGAUGAUAUUACAUACAAGCACCAGAAAUGUCAUAAUAAUCCAGGUUUGAUUCUAUCGGAUGAUAGUUUGAAGAACUACGCGCUGAUAGAAAUCGAGAAGAUCCUACAGAGCAACGGCAAGAGCUUGCGGAAUUUUGACUCUAUGCCGAUGCCACUAGAUUCGUCGAUGGAUGACACGGAGAACCGAUUAAUGCUCGAUGAGUUGGACUACGAUGUAUUUGCGAUGGGUGAAGAACUGAAACGAUAUCUUUCUUCUAUCACAGAUGAGCAGAGAAGGGUCUACGAUGCCAUCAUGGAUGCUGUGUCGAAAAAUUGUGGCGGGAUGUACUUCCUCUACGGUCACGGAGGUACCGAAAAGACAUUUAUAUGGAGAACGUUGUCCGCUGCUGUCCGUUCGAAGGGGGAAAUAGUUCUUAAUGUUGCUUCGAGUGGCAUAGCAUCGUUGCUGCUUCCCGGUGGCCGGACCGCUCAUUCUAGAUUUGGACUCCCCAUCAUUGUGCACGAUGGUUCCACCUGCAGCAUUACACAGCAGAGUCCACAAGCAGAAUUGCUUAUAAAGGCGAGGCUCAUUAUAUGGGACGAUGCACCAAUGAUGCAUAGAUAUUGUUUCGAAGCGCUUGACAAGACCUUGCGAUCUAUCACGCAUGUUCCCAAACCAUUCGGUGGCAAGGUGGUCGUUCUUGGCGGAGACUUUAGACAUAUUUUACCCGUUGUAUUGAAGGCAUCAAGGCAGGACAUUGUUAACGCUACGAUCAACUCAUCUCAGCUUUGGGAAGACUGUAAGGUUCUUAAGUUGCAUACGAAUAUGAGGCUUCAAUCAAGUUCCAAUCCAUCGGAAGUUGACGAAGUAAAGGAGUUUGUUGAUUGGAUACUGAGUAUCGGUAAUGGGGAGGCGGGAGAGCAAAACGAUGGUGAAGCGUCUGUUGAGAUUCCCGAGGACAUGCUAAUUCCCGAUUCCGAAGAUCCAUUAUUGGAGUUGUUGCAGUUUGUAUAUCCGGAUUUGUUGAGUAACAUAUCAAAUCCCGAUUACUUCCAAGGGAGGGCGGUGCUUGCGCCGACUAAUGACUGCGUUGAGUUUGUCAACGAAUACUUAUGUUCCCUCCUUCCCGACGAAGAGAAGUUGUACCUCAGUGCGGAUAGUAUGUGCAAUGAUGAGAUGAGUUCGGAAGAGAAUGCUCAAAUUUAUACGACCGAAUUCCUCAACACCGUGUCUUGCUCCGGUCUCCCUUCACAUAGGCUGAAACUCAAGGAAAAUGUUCAUGUUAUGCUCAUACGAAACAUCGACCAGGCGAGAGGCCUUUGCAAUGGAACCAGACUUCAAGUUGUUAGAAUGGGAACUCAUGUUCUUAGCUGCAAGGUUCUAUCCGGCAAAAAUACCGGUGAUGUUGUUUUCAUUCCUCGGAUGACGUUGGUCCCGUCAAACUCUACUCUGCCAAUUAAGUUCCAGAUGCGACAAUUUCCACUGAUGAUUUCCUUUGCAAUGACCAUCAACAAGAGUCAGGGUCAAACACUUUCCCACGUUGGUUUGUAUCUACCCAGACCAGUAUUCAGCCACGGUCAGUUGUACGUUGCACUCUCGAGAGUCAAGAGUAGAUCUGGAAUAAAGAUCCUAAUCAAGUCCGAAUCCGGUGGGUUGUCGAGUUCAACUAGCAACGUUGUUUACAAAGAAGUAUUUCAGCGCAUAUGA